CUCUGUUUUUACGGGAAGAGCUGAGCUGGCCUCAGUCGCUUUCUGUGGCUCCAAGUGUUGGUGUCGUGCCUUGAAGCGCGUCUCUCUCUUGUCCCAUCCAUCUCUCUCGUUCUCUCUCCGAGUUACAUUAUAUGCAUACAGAAAACAACGAGAAAUAAAGGAGGAGCGUCGUCGUUGUGUACGUAUGCGUGACGUAGAGACAGGUGAAAAUGCAGUCGCGCUGAACUAUCCGGGGGACACAAACAGUUGCGCUGACUUCUAACCUCGCCUCGUCGACAUUAACAGCAAUUUAGAGCAUAGCUACGCGUGGACAAGAAAGAGGCAGCGGCAGGCAGGCACAGUCGCACGCUCGCAAGAGAGAUAGGUUCGAAAGGUAUCUAUAGUGUCUGUGUGAGAAGUGAGUGCAGCGAGAGAGGAGGACAAGAGUAUAAGUCUUUGUCUAAGCCGCCGUUGUGUGGAUCUUCCUGUGGCUACUUCGUCGGCCCGAGCUGGUGCCGCUGCGGACCGACGACGAUUUACCACCAACACCUCGGCAUGAUCAACAUGGAGACCGACAAGAUGCCCGAGGAGGAGUGUCGAGCUCCCAAUAUGCAGUACCAAAUGAUGACGAUACUGUACGACCAAUCGCAGCAGCAGGGCUGUCGGAAAAAGGACUUGUCAACGACAACCACAGCAACUCAACAGCAGCAGCCACCAUCCGACAUCUGCGAACAGUACGCUCACGAACGGGAGCAAUGCAUGAGGUUCUUCGAGAAAUGGAGUGAAGGCGAGCAAGUGGAAUUCGUGGAGCAACUGCUGGCACGCAUGUGUCACUAUCAGCAUGGCCACAUCAAUGCCUACCUCAAGCCCAUGCUCCAGCGUGACUUCAUAUCGCUACUGCCCAAAAAAGGAUUGGACCACGUAGCUGAGGCCAUCCUCUCGUUUCUGGAUCACGAGUCGCUUGCGGCUGCCGAGCUUGUCUGCCGAGAAUGGUACAGGGUCAUUAGCGAAGGGAUGCUAUGGAAAAAGCUGAUCGAGCGCAAAGUUAGAACUGAUUCCGUUUGGCGUGGACUUGCCGAAAGGAGAGGAUGGAUCCAGUACCUGUUCAAGCCUCGCCUAGGCGAGAAUCAUCCGAGCCACACGUUUUACCGCAAUUUAUUCCCAAAAGUGACUCGCGACAUUAAAAACAUUGAUAAUAACUGGCGCAAUGGGAUUUUCAAUCUACAACGAAUAAACUGUCGCAGCGAAAAUAGCAAAGGAGUUUAUUGUCUACAAUAUGAUGAUCAAAAAAUCGUCUCGGGUUUACGUGAUAACACAAUUAAGAUUUGGGAUCGCAAUAGUUUGCAGUGCACCAAGGUGCUAACUGGACAUACUGGCUCGGUGUUGUGUUUACAAUAUGACGACAAAGUUAUUAUUUCCGGCUCGUCGGACAGCACUGUGCGCGUGUGGGAUGCCGUUACUGGAGAUAUGGUUAAUACCUUAAUUCAUCAUUGCGAAGCUGUGCUUCAUCUCAGAUUCAACAAUGGCAUGAUGGUCACUUGCUCAAAGGAUCGUUCAAUAGCGGUGUGGGACAUGACAUCUCAAACAGAAAUCCAACUACGUCGCGUUUUAGUAGGCCACCGUGCAGCGGUGAACGUAGUUGACUUCGACGAGAAGUACAUUGUAUCAGCAAGCGGUGACAGAACGAUUAAAGUAUGGAAUACAUCAACCUGCGAGUUUGUGCGUACUCUGAGCGGUCACAAACGUGGCAUCGCUUGUCUUCAGUAUCGGGAUCGAUUGGUUGUUAGUGGUAGUAGCGAUAAUACUAUCAGACUCUGGGAUAUCGAAUGCGGCAAUUGUUUGCGUACACUCGAGGGACACGAGGAACUUGUCCGGUGCAUUCGUUUUGACAGUAAACAUAUCGUCAGUGGCGCUUAUGAUGGAAAAAUCAAAGUCUGGGACUUGGUUGGAGCAUUAGAUCCACGUACUCUGCCUACAAGUCUAUGUUUACGCACGCUGGUGGAACAUACUGGUCGCGUGUUCAGAUUGCAAUUCGACGAGUUCCAAAUUGUAUCAUCUUCACACGACGACACCAUACUUAUAUGGGAUUUCCUAAACUGCAAUCAAGACGGCUCAGCUAGCGACACUAGCGCUGCCUUCCGUAACAAUAGUACGAUCAGUGUUAAUCAGUCUGAUACUAGAUCUCCAUCUCCAUUCGAGUGACGCAUCAACACGAUGAUUCCUUUAUUGUGAUAUAACUUAAAGUGGUUAACAAGUGAUUUCAAUGUGUUCACGAUAGCAUGCGCAGAGAAAAAAGAGCUACUUCGGAAGAUACAGAAUUCUGGACAAAGCAAGUUAUCGUGAUUGGAAAGUAAGCUAAUGAAAAAGGACUCGGCGACGACGACCUUCAUUCGUCGCUUCAUGCGCGAGGGAAGAGAUUAACAUAAACAAACAAAAUAUGAUCAAUUGAAUUUUUUUCCGAGGUCUUUGAAAGCACAUGUUUUUCAUCCAGAUAAUCUGACUUUUCAUUAUUAUAUGCUAUAGAAGGAACGAAAAGAAAACAAAGUACAGAAAUAGCAAUGUGCAUCAUAUACUCAUCUUUACAUCCCGUGGAUGUAAAACGAGAUAUAUAAGAACAAUGAAUCUUUUUCGUAUUUUUGGCCCAAUUGUGUAAUCGAGAUAAAAGCAAAGCUCUAAGCUCUAUGUAAUCGUGUUGACCACUUUUUUCCUACUACGAUGGGACGAAAAAAGAAUAAGAAAAUAACACAAAAUAAGGUAAAAAAAUAAAAUAAAGACAAAAGACUUACGCAACAAUGGAGAAACGUUUUUAGGAAAGCUAAUUAAAUGAAAUAUUAGAUGUAUUAUAGCAAAAGAAUUUUUUAUGUAAUUAAUUUAUCGUAAGGAGACAGGAGAGUGUGAUGUGACUUGUCGUUUGCUUGGAGUACUUAUUUCAGUGCGUGUGUGCGGUCGUGUGCUUUAGAUGUACGAAUGAACAAAGAAUCAAGUUUGAUCAUCGUGUUUUACGUUUUCAACAAGUCUUUAUGAAAUUUAUUGCUAAACCGCCUAGCAAAGCGCCGUUCACGGUAUAUGUAACAAAAUUUCAAGUCUAUUACAAACAAAAGGGACUUUACGAUUUUCUUUUCUAUUUAAACAAAGUUCAUAUAAUUUUAUCGACGACGGGCUAGAGCGACGAAAACGCAUUAUUCAAAAAAUUAAUAUAAUUUAUGUUUGCGCAUUAAAGCCUUAGCUACGACGCAAUGCCAUUCAAUGUUCAAAUUAUUCUUUAUAUUCAAAAUUUGUAAAUAGAAUAAUUAUCUGCACGAGCAGUUCCGUUUGUUCCGAAAACAAGCAAAUGUUUGCAAAACGUUGCACAUAAAUUAAAUAAUCUAAGAGAUAUGUCCAAAAAAAUUUUUUGCUCAACUAAAAAGAAAUCUUCAUUAUUUUUUGAAACAUAAUAGAUAAUUUGUAAAAAGGAAAAUAUACACUGUAUAGUAAUCAAUACUCUUUGCUAUUACAUUGGUUGAUUCAAUGUUGAUAUUAUUUCUAAAAAGAAUAACAUUUAUGUUAGAAAAGAACAAACAUGAAAUGUUCAGAAACUGCAAUAACUUUUAAAAUGAAUUUUCUUUUUAUUUGAUUAAUUUUGAAAUUGAUAAAGUUAUACCUCAUUUUUUAUAAAAUAUAUUUUUUAUUAUAAGGAGCAUUUUCUAUUAAAUUUUAUUUAAAUGUAGGUUACAUUAUCAAAAUAAGAUUGCUCAUUCGCUGUAAUGUAAUCAAGUUUCUUGCAAACUGGAUAGCAGUUGGAUUUUUCGUUUUCUAAAUUUUCCAAUGAAAGAGCAAUUUAGUAUUGAUGGCGUAUUACCUAAAAAAUUGUAUGAGUGUGUAAAUACUUUAUGAAUUCCUUGUUUGUUGUCAUAAGGGAUAUGCAUAAUAACGAUUAAUUCUCGUAGAUUUAACGAAAUAGAAAAAAAAAACAGACUGAAAAAAAUUAAUUCGUAACCGAUGUGCGUGUGUUUAUUUUGUUUAUAAACUCUCGAUGUAUCUUAAUUUUUGAGUAGAAUUAUAUUUUAAGCAAAAUGUAUCAUUGUUUCUGGUAAAAUUUAGUGUAAUAAAUAAUAAAUUAGAUAAUCAAUUAAGAACGCAAACUUGAAAUGUCAGUAUAUCGUGCUCCUUAUUAGGCGAAAUAAUAAUUAUAAACAUUGAGAUUUCAACUCCUCAACAUGUCGAAUAUUUAAAAAUUUGAAUCAAAUAGAUUUAACUUAAAAUUACAGAUCGUCAUUCGGUGUUGCCUUGUCUACAUAUGCGCUUUAAGUAGAAGACUAUAUAUUAAAAUUAUUAUUAAGUAUAGAGGGAAAAUUAACUUAAAUAAAAUCAAUAUAAAUAUAUCUGUCAGCCAUCAAAACUUUAUACAAUUUUGAUAACUAACACGCAUUAAGAAUAUUAUUUUAUGACUUGACCUUUAAUUAUAUUUUUUGUAAGAAAUGGUUCCUUUCUUGAUAAUUGCAAUUACCACUUGAAUAGUUUAACUUGAGGUGUUAGUGGACAAGGCAUGUGUGUUAUUUUUAAAUUAUUCCAUUAUAAAUGUUACAAAAACAAAGUUUUGAAAUGGAAUAUUUAAUGAACGAUGAUUGGCUUUCAAUAUUCAUCUGUGUAUUAUUCAAAAUUAAAGUUGUGAAUUUUAAGCAAACUAGCCGGCAAGCUUCAUUGCGAGAACGUUGUCACAACCGUUUUUGCCAAACCUGCCAACCAAACGGCGUACAACGUUUCUACGACGAAUAGUAUAUGAUCACCGCAACGCAAUCGAGGCAUUGAUCAAAUGAAUCGACUUUGAACAGUAAUUAAAACUUUUAUAUAGAGCGGAAAAUCUUCACAUUAUCAAUGUCUAGAUUACGUAUAAACAACGGUUUUCCUAUUGCUUCUAUCGUAAACUAAAAAACAUGAUUUUUAUUACUUUAACAACGGAAAAACUGAAAAAUGAUAGAAACAGAAGAAACUUGUUUAUUUUUUUGCGUGUAAUUGCAAUUAGCAGUCCGCUUUCAAAGUUAAAAAUUGUAAUUAUUCAAUAAUAUUCUGAGACUAAUAUUUAUUGGUGCUAGGUAAACCAAUCGGCAACUUGACGAAAUAACGUUGGGAUACCGUUGGCAGCCAAUAAAGACGAACGUUUUACCAGUUGAGACAUUGUUACCACCACGAUUAUUAAUUGAUUAUAUUUAUAAUUGUUUGGCUGUCUGAUUAACAGGUUUGACAAUUACAGCUUUUCUGCUGUGUGUGGGUGUGAAUAUUAAGAAAGUGGAUUGGUUUGGUAAUUUAAUAGACAAGAUAUAAAUUAUAAAAUAGUAUGAUAUCAGUCUAAAAGAAUUUAUUGUAUGAUGUCGUUUAUUCACGUUGUAUUUUGAAAUUCAUCACCUUCAAUUUUUAUUCAAAUGUAAAGCAAAUAUAUGUUUAUAAAUCAGGA